AUUGGACUAAACAGCUUAGAACAUGAAGCUGUCUGUGCUAUGCCACUUGCUGGCUUAUUAUUUAUUCCAAGUCUCUGCAAUAACCAGAGAAUACUACAUUGGAAUUAUAGAAGUUGAUUGGAAUUAUGCACCAGGCACAAAGAACAUCCUAUCUGGGAAGCCCUUUUCAGAAGAAGAGGAAGCUAGUGUCUUUCUACAGCAAGGCCCAGACCGGAUAGGAAGCACAUAUAAAAAAGCUGUGUACAUGCAGUACACAGAUAACUCAUACAGUCAUGCUAUGGAAAAACCACCUUGGCUGGGCUUCCUGGGGCCGACUAUCAAAGGAGAAGUUGGGGACUCCUUUGUCAUCCACUUAAAAAAUCUUGCUAUGAGAGAAUUCACUCUCCAUCCCCAUGGUGUCAAAUACACAAAAGAAAACGAAGGAGCUUUCUACCCUGAUAAUACCAAACAUUCACAAAAGAAAGAUGAUGCUGUGCAGCCAGGAGAGCAGUAUGUUUAUAAGUGGGAUAUAACUGAAGAUCAUGGUCCAGCAGAAGGAGAUAAUAACUGUGUGACAAGGAUCUAUCACUCUCAUAUAGAUGCUCCAAAGGAUGUUGCUUCUGGACUUAUUGGAGCUUUGGUCACUUGCAGAAAAGGCACCCUGCAGAAUGGAAAAGAUAAAGAUGUUGAUCGUGAAUUUGUCUUGAUGUUCUCUGUGAUGGAUGAAAACUUCAGCUGGUACUUAGAUGCGAAUAUUAAGAAAUACUGCUCUGAACCUGACAAAGUUGACAAAGAGAAUGAAGACUUCCAAGAAAGCAAUAAAAUGCACUCAAUCAAUGGAUAUAUGUAUGGGUAUCUUCCCAAUAUCACGAUGUGUGCAGAAGAGAAAGUGAAAUGGUAUCUUUUUGGCAUUGGUAAUGAAGCUGAUAUCCAUUCCGUCUAUUUUCAUGGGCAAAUAUUGACAGAAAGGAAGCAUCGUGUGAACACAGUCAGCCUCUUCCCAGCUACCUUUGUGGAUGCUCUUAUGGUGCCCAAGAAUGAUGGUGAAUGGUUGCUCAGCUGCCAAGUCAAUGAUCAUAUAGAAGGUGGCAUGCAGGCCAUUUUUAAGGUGAAAAACUGUAAUGGCCAUUCUCCAUCUGUCGAGGACAUCAUUAUCACAAGACAUUAUUUCAUUGCAGCAGAGGAAGAGGAAUGGAACUAUGCCCCAUCUGGAAUAAAUUAUUUCACAGGAAAACCCUUAAUUCAAGAUGAGGAUUCCAAGGCAUUUUUUGAAAAAGGCAAAAACAGAAUUGGUGGAACUUAUAAAAAAGCUCGGUUUUUUGAGUAUACCAGUGAUAGCUUUACUACACGCCAUUUCAGGUCUCAUACUGAAAAGCAUCUUGGACUUUGCGGGCCUGUAAUCAGAGCAGAAGUUGGUGACAAUAUUCGGGUAGUCUUCUUCAACAAUGCAAGUCACCCCUUCAGCAUUCAACCCCAUGGCUUGAGCUAUAGCAAGAGCAAUGAGGGCUCUUUCUACAACACUCUAUCUGGAGGUACUCCAAGUCCAGCUUCACAUGUGAAUCCUGGAGAGAAAUUCAUCUAUGAGUGGGCAGUGCCAGAAACUGUGGGCCCUACUCCAGAAGAUCCAGAUUGCCUAGCUCUGCUGUAUUAUUCAGCUUCAGAUCCAGUUAGGGACACCAGUUCUGGCCUGGUGGGCCCACUCUUGGUGUGCAGGAAAGGCAAAAUGCCUGCUCCAUGGAAACCGCUCAAUGUAGACAAAGAAUUCUUCCUUCUUGCAACAGUAUUUGAUGAAAAUCUGAGCUGGUAUUUAGAUGAUAAUAUUAAUAAAUAUAUAGAACAUCCUGAAGAGGUUGAUAAAGAAGAUGAGGAUUUUCAAGAGUCCAAUAAGAUGCAUUCUAUAAAUGGAUAUAUGUAUGGGAAUCAGAAAGGCCUUGAGAUGUGUCGUGGAGAGAUCGUUUCCUGGAAUUUGAUGGGCUUGGGAUCUGAGGUUGACAUUCAUGGAAUACAUUUUUCAGGAAAUACUUUAGAAAUUAAAGGGACUAGGAAGGAUACGGCUAAUCUUUUCCCACAUAUCUCUGUCACAGCUGUUAUGAAGCCUGACUCAGAAGGUGUUUUUGAAGUGGCCUGCCUCACAACAGAUCAUUACAAAGGUGGUAUGAGACAAACAUAUCAAGUGAAGAGGUGUGGUUCUUCAGCAAAAGAUGAGCAAUACCCUCAUCAGAAGACCUACUACAUUGCAGCCAUAGAGCUUGAAUGGGACUAUUCCCCUAACAGGACAUGGGAGCAAGAGAGGCAUCAGUUUCAUGAUGAAAGUCCAGGAAAUCCAUUCUUAAACAAGGGAGAUAAAUUCAUUGGGUCAAAAUACAAGAAAGUGGCUUAUCGGGAAUAUACUGACCAAACAUUCAGCACCCUUAAAGAACGGAAUGAAGAGGAAGAACAUUUGGCAAUACUAGGUCCUCUGCUUUUUACAUAUGCUGAAGAUACAAUUAGAAUUGUUUUCAAGAACAUGGCCUCUAGGCCUUAUUCUAUCCAUGCACACGGAGUAAAAACUGAUUCUCCAGUUGUAACAGAAACAAGUCCAGGUGCAACACAGGAAUAUAUCUGGAAAAUCCCAACGAGAUCUGGUCCUAAGGAAGGGGAUUCUGCCUGCAUUCCCUGGGCGUAUUAUUCCACUGUGGAUAAAGUCAAGGACAUCUAUAGUGGAUUAAUAGGGACACUUGUUGUCUGUUGCAAGGAAGUUUUUGCUGUAAAUCCACAUCCCAAAACUCUGCAGUUUGCUCUUCUUUUUAUGGUGUUUGAUGAGAACGAAUCUUGGUACGUGGAUGAAAAUAUCAAAUUGUAUUCUGCCAAUCCAGGAGAUGUAAACAAGGAAGAUGAGGAAUUCAUUGAAAGCAAUAAAAUGCAUGCCAUUAACGGAAGAGUGUUUGGAAACUUGAAUGGUCUUACAAUGCACGUUGGAGAUAAAGUAAACUGGUUCUUGUCAGGAAUGGGGAAUGAAGUUGACAUGCACACCGCUCAUUUCCAUGGCCAUAGCUUCAGUUACAAGUACAAUAGAACCUUCCGAGGAGAUGUCUAUGACCUGUUCCCUGGGACAUUUCAAACUGUUGAGAUGUUACCAAAAUACCCUGGCACCUGGCUACUGCACUGCCACGUGACUGACCACAUCCAUGCUGGCAUGGAAACUACUUACACUGUCCUCCCAAACCAAAGCAGUGACAUCAGACAAACAACAGUAUGAGCUUCAGCUGAAAUAUCAAAUUGGAAAAAGGAUUCUACUGUGAUGAGAUGAGCUACGUGAUUCCAAGUAUUGACAGAUUUUUAAAAACCCUACUGACCUAUAAUAAUAAAAUAAUAAAACUAGUAGAAUGCUUUUGUAUGCAAGGUC